AUGCCGCGCGAACUUCGCGACAUUCAAACUUUACGCGAUCGACUUAAACGAGUCGAUUUUCGAGGAACUGUGGAUUAUAAUGAAGCAAAUUUAGUUAGCACUGGCACACUCAUUCAUCAUGUCACUCCAUUGUCCAUUGUUUGCAUGUCCAUUCCUACUCGCUUAUUUAUCGCUAAAUUUUAUCAUAAGGAAAGAGCUCCAUCUCGUUUCAGAAUAAAAGCAACGUGGCAUUAG